CCCCCACCUAUUCUCCUCCGAAGCGAAGAGAUCCCCAAACGCAAAAGGAGAAAAGGAGCCAAAUAAAGAAAAAAAAAAUCAAGCGAACAAAUAAAGAAGGGAAGCCCAUCCCGCAUCGCCUCCUUCCCUUCCCUUCCCUUCCCUUCCUCCUCCUCGCAGAUCUCUGGCACCGGCCACCAUGAGCUACUCCGGCGACCGCUCCUCCUCCUCCCGCCCCACCACCACUUCCUUCAACUCCUACCAGUUCGACUUCGGCAUCAACGCCUCCCGAUCAUCAUCCGGCUCCCGACCCCUCCGCGACCAGCGGCCAGGCGCGGCUACCAACCCCUCCCCGAGGCCGGGGGCCACCGCCGCAUGGACGCACCAGCCCGCCAGCGCUAAGCCAUCGUGGACCCACCAGCCGUCGCCCGCCGCGGCCGCGGCGAAGGUGGCGGCCCCCGGAUCCGGGCCCACCUCCAUGGUCGGCGACAUCUUCGGCCGGAGCUGGUCCUCCGCCGCGCCCUCCUCCGGGCUCGGCAUCCCGCAGGCCAACAACCCCGGCCUCUUCAGCGACCUCCUCGGCUCCGCGCUCGGCAGCUCCGGCUCCUCGCGCGCGCAAUCCGCGGCGCCGCUCAGAUCCGCGGCGCCGCCGGCCUCCAAUCCGGCUGGUGCUAACACCAAUGCCGGCACCAACAGCUCUAGCCCCUUCUCGAUGGGCGGCAUGGCGAGCACGCUCCCGAAGACGACGGGGGCGCCGAUGGGCUCCAGUGGUUACGGCGUCGGUGGCCGGCCGAUGAAACCCGCGGGCAUGGCAGCGACGGCUGCGUCGCAGCCUAUGGGGCAGAAGAAGGAUCCGUUUGGCUCGAUAGAUCCAUUUGCGGCGAAGCCAGGGUCCAUGAAUGCAUCAAAGCAGGCUAGUUCCGUCAAGCCGGAUCAGGGAUUCGGGGCGUUCCAGGGUGUGAGUUCCAGUGCCGACGCCGGAUUCGGGAGCUUCCAAAGUGCUGACGCUGGAUUCGGUGGCUUCCAAAGCUAUGGUGCCACGAAAUCUUCCAGCUUUACGCCUCCGCCUGCACCAGCUCCCACGCCUGCCCCUGCGGCUGCAGCGGUGAACUCUAGCGUGGAUCCUUUGGACACGCUGUUUGCUUCAUCCACAGCUGCGCCGACAGCAGCUGCGAGGAGUAAUGGUGGUGGCGGAGGUGACAUGUUUGGUGAGAUGGAUGGUUGGGUGGAUGUGGAGGCAGACUUUGGUGGUGGUGAUAGCGGUGGCACAACCACAGAGCUGGAGGGACUCCCACCGCCACCAUCCGGGUUGACAGUAUCCGCUGCCAAGGCCAAAGGGAUGGAUAGCUACAAGGGUGGGCAGUAUGCCGAUGCCAUCAAGUGGUUGUCUUGGGCUGUUGUGCUCAUCGAGAAAUCCGGGAAAGGUGCUGACAUUGUUGAGGUUCUGUCUUCAAGGGCUUCCUCGUAUAAGGAGGUUGGCGAGUACAAGAAGGCCAUCGCUGACUGCUCAAAGGUGCUGGAGAAAGAUAAGGAGAAUAUGUCUGUGCUAUUACAGCGUGCUCUCCUUUAUGAAAGCACUGAGAAAUAUAGGCUUGGGGCAGAGGACCUGCGUUUGGUUCUGAAGAUCGACCCUAUGAAUAGGCUCGCCAGGAGUACAAUUCACCGCUUGAACAAGUUGGCCGACUAGGGUUGUCUUUCUAGCGCCCUGCCGUACUAUUGUACUACCACUGUAUGAUCCUUGGCAUGAGAUUUGUGAGUUUAUUUGAAUCUCUUUACUAUACUUGUGGCUUUGGGGGAAUAAUUUGCAAUUAUGUUGUUACCAAGCAUGGAAUUACAUAAUUACAUACGGUAUAUUCUUUGAUUUGUAUGAUCUAUAUAUUGUAUUAAACUUAUCUUAAAAGUUAUUACUUUGCAGCA